AUGGGCUCCAGGAGGGCUCAACCUGAGGGUGGCCCCAGUGCUCAGACAACACGUCCCCGGAGAACUCAACCCGACGUUGGUCCUAGUACGCGGACAACCCGCUCGAGGAGAACUCAGCGUGGGAAUGGUCAGAAUCUCGGGACGAAGGAUGAAGAGCUCAACCGUGGAGGUGCCCAAUCUAUGGGAGAAAGAACUUAUGAAACGGAAAGCUGCCGCCUGAGACGCCGUCUGGAAGAAGCCCAACGUCAAAAUGCUGAGUUAGAAUGUGAGGCAGCUUCGGCCAGGGCGACGCAGGGGACGAACGCUCAAAAUCAACUUGAACCUGGAGUGAGAAGACCACAAGGCAGACCUCGUGGCUCACGAACCAAGAGACAGGAAAAGGCCCGAGAAGAACAACCCGAGGAAAAUGAGACACCCCCUGAGAAUCAGGAUGAACAGCCAGAAAGGAGACAACUAGAAACUGAUGAACAAGAAAUCCCUGAUGAAAAUGAGGAGGAUCUUGGAACUCAACUAAGAGAAUAG